CUGAUCUUUACUGACUACACACUACAAUGAAGCUUCUCUUGACUCUGGCUGCUCUGGGGCUUGUUGGUUCUGUGUGGUCGGGGGAUAGCAGGGAGUGCCUCCCUCACUCCAGGCCAUGGCAGGCCCGUUUACACAACGGAGGGUCUCAGAUCUGCAGUGGUGCCCUCAUCAGUGAAUGGUGGAUCGUCACGUCGUUCAUGUGCGCCCCUAUGUCUACCGGCACCACAGCAUCUCUGGGUGAACACGACCUGGGUACAGAGGAGGGCACAGAGCAGCACAUCUCCAUAGCUGAGGUUAUCCAUCACAGUCCGUACCGCUCGCCUCUCCACAGUCUCUCUAUGUUACGCCUCUCUCGCCCCGCCCAAAUCAACCAGUACGUCAAGCCCAUCCCCCUGCCCAGUCAGUGCCCUCGGCCAGGGGACAUCUGCUCCGUCAGUGGAUGGGGCUCCACUGUCCCAAAUCAAUAUGAGUCUCCAGGGCUGCUCAAGUGUCUGAGAGUCCCUAUUGUGGACGACCGCUUCUGUGAGAGCACAUUCCCUGAGUUCAUCUACUGGAGCCUGGGAAUGGUGUGUGCUGGCAGUGCCACCACGGACAAUUGCCUGGGUGAUGGUGGGGCAGUGCUGGAGUGCAAUGGACAGCUGCAGGGGGUCCAGUGGUUUGAUCACGGCUGCUAUGACCCCUCCGACCCCUCUGUGUACACCAAACUGUGCAUGUACAACAAAUGGAUCAACGAAGUCAUGGACCGCUACACGCCUUUUGACACCACCCCAUCUCCUUUCACCACUCCAUUGCUUUAAAUUAGCGCAUAGAAAACACUGAUUUUAAAAACAUUCAUGUUUCACCGUCCCAAACAU